AUGGCUCAGCUGCUGCAGAUACUGGCUGCGACACAGAAAUGCUGCUCGCUUCGAGCGACCUUCCUUCUCAUAGCGCUCAUCAUGAUUUUCUUUAGUUAUAAGAGUUACCUGAACCCAAGAAGCCAGAAGCCAGAAAGCACCCAGGCUGAUGUAAAUCUGACCGUGAGAGAACGCAGGGGCCUGCAAAGUGUGAAAUUAUCAAGGAUGCUGUAUCGCCAGCCCCAGGUGCUAACACCCGCUAGGAAAGAUGUCCUUGUUGUGACCCCUUGGCUGGCUCCCAUCAUCUGGGAAGGGACUUUCAAUACUGACAUCCUGAAUGAGCAGUUCUCACUCCAGAAUGCCACCAUUGGGUUAACUGUAUUUUCUAUCAAAACAUACAUGAUCUUCCUGAAGCAGUUCCUGCAGUCUGCAGAGAUGUACUUCAUGGUGGGACACAGGGUGAACUACUACAUCUUCACUGACAAGCCUGAAUAUGUUCCUUAUCUUAACAUCCAAAAAGGAAGGCAGAUAAUCAUCCUUGAGGUCGAGAGCUAUUAUGACCACUGGCAGGACAUCUCCAUGCAGCGCAUGGAGAUGAUCAGUAAUUUUUGCCAGGAGCGCUUCCACCAGGAGGUGGAUUACCUUGUGUGUUCAGAUGUGGACAUGAGGUUCAGUGACCACGUGGGCGUGGAGAUCCUCUCCUCCUUGUUUGGCACCCUUCAUCCUGGCUACUAUGGGCUGAAUCGGACUGACUUCCCCUAUGAACGUCGGCCUCAGUCACAAGCCCAUAUUCCUAAAGAUGAGGGGGACUUUUAUUACAUAGGGGCCUUAUUCGGGGGGUCAGUGCCAGAGGUUUACAGGCUCACCAAGGCCUGCCACGAAGCAAUAAUGGUCGACCAAGCCAACCACAUCGAGGCCAUUUGGCAUGAUGAGAGCCACCUGAACAAGUACCUGCUUUACCACAAACCCUCCAAGGUCCUCUCCCCUGAGUACCUAUGGCAUCAGCAGCAAAUGGGUUUUCCUUCCUGGCUGCACCAGUUGAAAUGCCCACCAGCAGACGAACUGGAGGUGCCAGCAGACACGGCAGCUGCUUCUGGGAGUGCGGCCUGCACAGGGAGCAGGGCCCGGGAGCCCCAGGAGCAGCCCCGGGCUGUGGGCUCAGUUACAGCGCUGCCGGCCACAGGGGGGCCUCCUGGCCGCCGCCGCGGGGCGCUGCUUCGGGGUCACGUCCUCGCCGGGAUGCCGCGGGCCCACCCGGCCUGA